GCCGCGUCAGUUCAUUGCCGCCCUCCAUUCAAAAUGUGGCGCGCCACACAUACUGAGAGCCUAGAGUAAAUUUCUCAUACCGUUUACGAACGCUGGCCGAGACUCGGAUUCACAUUCGCGUUCGCGUUGCAGCCGCCAAGCAGACGAACCGAGAACAACAAGACAUAACCAACUCUCUGAGUUACUCAGCAGCUGAACUUUCGGUGUUCUCCAGUUUCAAGGCCUCGCAACCUAUUUCCAAAGUGCAGGCAUGGCUAGCAUCUGGCUACUUGUUCCCCUGUUGUCGGCGGCCACCGCGUGGAUGUACUUUUUGACGCUCAUCGCGCCCUCCGUUCCCUCAGAGAAGACGAACACCACUUUAAAGUUUCCGGGCAAUCUUGAGGAGCUCCAAGGUAUUGCUCAACUCAUUCGAAUGUACUACGAAGUGAACUGGAUUUACGUACUUGUUUUGUACAGUAGCGCAUAUAUCUACAAGCAGACAUUUGCUAUUCCAGGGACUGUUUUUUUGAAUGUUCUUGGAGGAGCUUUAUUUGGAGUUGUUGUCGGAUUCCCACUCUGCUGUUUCCUCACUGCCACAGGAGCAUCAUGUUGUUACCUUCUAUCAGCAGCCUGUGGUCAAGACAUUGUGCAGAAAUAUUUUCCGAAUCAAUUGAAGAAUUUUCAAGAUAAGGUUCAAAGAAACUCACACCAACUUCUGUACUAUCUGCUCUUUCUUCGAAUGUUUCCCAUGAGUCCAAACUGGCUGAUCAAUGUGAUUGCCCCAUUGGUUGGUGUUCCUCUUCCAUUGUUCUUCUUCACUGUUUUAUUUGGUCUUGGCCCAUACGUACUUGUCUGCACACAAGCAGGAGUCAUCUUAUCAACCCUGACAUCAUUAGAACAACUUUUCUCAGUGAAGACAGCCCUACAAAUGGCACUGCUGGCACUGGCCGCAUUAACACCUUCCUUCGUUUUCAGGAAAACACAGACUGUAAAUUAAGAACAGAGUAGUGCAUGUUUUCGAAACAACAUUUAACUUUUAAUGUCUCAAUUUGUUAAUUUUUUUGUGUGUGUGUGUUUGUUUUGUUUAGGGUUACAUUUAAUUAGUUGUACAGAUAUAAAAGUUACUUUCUUACUUGUUAAUAUACUGGUUUUGAAAUUUAAUUGGGUAUUGUAUGUUAUAUGUUAUUUUUUUUAACUGUCACUAAUUUUAUGUUGUUGGUUGUUGGGUUUGUUUUGUUUAAAUGUGUAAGGCUGUUGAGACUAAAUAGUUUAUUUAGCUUUUGUUUUUGUGUAUAUGACUAAUGAAGGAAUGUACAUAUAUAGAUAUUUAAAUCAAGGUAACAUUUGUUAUUCAAAAUAUACAGUGAUAAGAUUUGCAAUAGAGA